AUGGCAUUGCGGUAUGAAAUAAUAGCCAGGGCGGCCCGUUCAGCCCGGCUGACAUACGUGCUCCUGGCGGUGGUGGUGCUGCUGUAUUUGCGCUCGCGCAACAGCGAUCCCGAUAGCCAAUUGAGCGAGCAGUCGCAGGCGUUGGAGACCCUCGUGCAGAAGGAACGCGAGCGACUAGCGGAACGAGCCCUGGAAGCGGUCGACGAACGCAUCCUGCAGACCAAGUGGUUCAAGGGCAACAGGCUCGACACCCGCUGUCCGGAUUAUGUCGAGUACUCCCAGCACAGACACGGCCCCUUCUCGGAAGGACCCUUGAAACUGGCAUACAUGCGGCCGGCGAAAGACUGUCGCACCUUCACGAGCGGCGCCGUCGAGAGCGUCAUUGAGGAGAUGCGCCUGCGCAUGGCCGAUCCUGACCUAUUUCGCUUGUUUGAGAACGCUUUCCCCAACACUUUGGACACCACAGUUCUGUGGCACGACCCAGAUAACGCAGAAACUAACAGCCCCCGCACCUUUAUUUCCACCGGCGAUAUCCACGCAGAGUGGCUGCGGGACUCUGCGCGCCAACUCAGUGUAUACCAGCCGCUCGUCAAGAAAGACCCCAAGCUGCAGCAAUUGAUCAAGGGAGCCAUUAUCCAACAGGCCCUGUACAUUAAGAAGGCGCCCUAUUGCAACGCGUACCAGCCACCAGAAGGCUCAGGAGUGGAGCGCAAGCCGUCGAGUGUCGACUACGUUGGACCGCGGCCGCCCUGGAGACACGUUUUCGAGUGCAAAUGGGAGCUGGACUCGCUUGCUUCGUUUCUCACGCUGACGAACGAGUACUACAAGAACUCGCACGAUAGAUCGAUUUUCCGCCACCAGAGCUGGAUAGACGCGUUUGAUUUGAUUCUCACUGUGCUGCGCCGCGAGUCUGUGCCCACGUUCGACGAGAACGGCGACCUGCUGCCGUUCUACUACACUUUCCAGCGAGAGACGCGAAUAGGCACGGAAACGCUGAGUCUCGCAGGCUCGGGCAACCCCGUGUGCGGCAAUACCGGGCUGAUACGGUCGGCGUUCAGACCGUCAGACGACGCGUGUAUAUAUCAGCUGUUUAUCCCGGCCAAUGCGCAAAUGCAGGUUGAGCUGGCAACGCUGGAGCCCGUUCUGCGCGAGAACGGCCUCACAGACUUUGCAAACUCCGCGCGGGGGUACGCUACGGCCAUUUGCAAGGGCAUUGAGGAGUUUGGCGUGGUAAACCAUAGGAAGUUCGGCACCGUGUUUGCGUACGAGGUGGACGGCUUUGGCGGGGUGAACAUCAUGGACGAUGCGAAUAUUCCCUCGCUUCUGGCCCUGCCGGACAUGGGCUACCUGGACAAAAACGACGAAAUUUACCAGAACACCAGAAAGAUGGUUCUGUCCAAAGACGGCAACCCGUAUUACUACAAAGGAAAGUACUUUAGGGGCAUUGGAGGGCCGCAUAUCGGGCUUUCCAAUGCCUGGCCAAUGUCUUUGCUGCUUCAAAUCCGCACGACAGACGACGACAACGAGAUCACGGAGCUUCUGGAGCUCGUGAAGACUACGACGGCGGGUCUAGGCCUGAUGCACGAGAGCAUACACGUGAAUGCCCCAAACCACCAGUACACGAGGCCAUGGUUCAGCUGGUGCAACAGUGAGUUUGGAAAGACGAUCCUCGACCUGGCAAAAAGAAAACCGCACCUUAUUUUCAAGCACGAAUAUUCCGAGCCGUACAUAGUGUAA